AGUGGUAGAGGAGGAGGGAGGGACGGGCCAGGAGGGGAGAGGAGGAGAGGGAUUGGAAGGGGAGACGCAACGCGCACCGCACCGCACCGGCCCGGCGAGACGCCUCCACACGUCUCUCCCUCCCCCUUCGCCUUCGCCCUCGCCGUCCUAGUCCAGUGACCCCAGCGGCACGCACGCACGCGGCCGGCCCAUCACCACCCCCCUGCGAGCGAAUCCCGGUCGAUGCGGACGGGGUAGGGAAGAGGAGGAGGAGGAGGCCGAGGAUGGAGCGGGAGCGGCGGCGCGCGGCGGGGUGGGAGGACCGCAUCUCGGAGCUCCCGGACGCGCUGCGCCUGCAGAUUCUCAGCCUGCUGCCGCUCAAGUGCGCCAUCCGCACCGGCGCGCUCUCCUCGCGGUGGCGGGACCUCUGGGAGCAGCGCUGGCCGGUGCCCUCCUCGCUGCGCCUCCGCGUCCCGCCGGGCCCCUCGGGCGCGGCGGGGGCCCAGGCGCAGCUCGCGGCCGUCGACCGGCGCGGGCGGCGCCGGGUCGACGUCUUCUCCCUCGCCUUCCACGCGGGCCAGCUCACGCAGGCCGACCUCAAGCGCUGCGUCGACUACGCCGCGGCCUGCGGCGUCGAGGACCUGCAGCUCCGCCUCGAUGGCGGCGGCGCCCGCGGCGCGCGCGGGGGCCAGCGCCGCGCCGGCGCGCUCGCCGUGCACUUCCCCGUCGGGAGCCCGCUCCUGGCGCGCCUCUCGGUGCGCGGGCUCCACCUCACGGCCUCCGCCAACGCCAUGGUCGCCACGCUCGAGGUCAUCCACCUCCACUCCGUCUCCAUCACCGACGCCGCGCUGCGCCGGGUCGUCGCCGCCUGCCCCUGCCUCCGCGACCUCGAGCUCCGCUACUGCCGCCACCUACGCCGCAUCGACUUCACCACCGUCGGGGCCGCCAACCUCAGGAGCCUCACCGUCGUGGACUGCUCCCGCACCACCGAGCUGCGGGUCCCGGCGGCGCCCCGCCUCCGCUCGUUCCGGUUCAGCGGCCCCUUCCUCUGCAGCAACCUUUUCUCUGGCGUCGGUGACUCUUUCCAGGAUCUCUACCUCUGCUCGGGCGGGCCAGAGGCCGGCUUGCCGCCCACCAAUUUGCCCUCGGCGGUUCCUCACCUUGCCAACAUCACCACCCUCACCAUAUGCAGCAUUGCCCUCCAGUACGUGUCUGCGUCACUGGCCACCAUCCUCAAGGAGACCAAUCUCCGCAGGUUGAAGGAGCUUCAAUUGCUCAUGUUCGGGAUGGCCAACUCCAAUCUCGCAGACAUUUUUAGCUUCCUCAAGACCUGUUCCUGUCCUCAGUUGGAGAGGCUCUUCGUGCAGCUACCAACAAACACCCAUGAUUCGUUCACGAGGAAUUACUUGGACGUGGCAGAGGAAGAACAGCCUGAAGACGGAUUAGAAAACCUUCGGUUGGCCAAGAUGACAAACUUCAAGGGGCAUCACAAUGAGAUGCGUCUGCUGGACUUUCUGCUGACAAAGGCCAGUUGCCUUAAGAAAUUGUUCCUGGUUGCUCCUAAAGAGGAUCACCCACAAGGGCUAAGAAAGAUUCAGCCAGAUGUGCUGCCCCUUUCUCGAAAGGCAGAAAUUCUUGAAAGAGCUUCAGCAGGCACCCAGAUAGUUUUCAGUGGGCCUGAUAGUUCUCACGCUCAGCCAUUGCACUCGGAAGUCUUCAUCAGAUUUUAGCUUGAAAUUAGCAACAGUGCUGUAGUCCGAUUAUUUCUUCUAAAUCAUUACAUUUAUAGCUGUUAGGCAACAAGCAUGAAAUACAAAUCUGGGACACAUACAGAGUAUGGUAGAACAUUUUCGCAAAUUUGUACUUCAGAUAUUCUGGCAAGAUGGUUAAAAUGUGAGGUGUUAA